GACCGUUUGGCAUCAGUUCACUCCAAGGAUCCAUCGCAGUCAUCAAGACACAAUACAAAUUGUAUAGCAAUAUCGUCUCGUCUGCAACUGCAUCACCGCCAUGGCUCAUUUUAAGGCAUGCAUCGUCGGUUUGGCAUUGAUCGGGCUCUGUGCAGCCGAUACGGCCAAGACCGCUGACGUCAAGACCAGUAACAAGCGAAGCGCCGAUUUUUCGUACGGUCUUCCGUCCGCAGGCUACGGUUACUCCGGUCUUUCUUCCGGUCUGUCUUCCGGCUACGGUUACUCCGGUCUGUCGUCCGGUCUGUCUUCCGGCUACGGUCUGUCUUCCGGCUACGGUCUGUCUUCUGGCUACGGUGCGAGUUACGCUUCCAACGCUGUACCAGUCAAAGUCAGCCAAUCUGACCAGGUGGUUUCCGUGUCCGUGCCACAACCCUACCCCGUGCCAGUCACCCGUCACGUACCAGUGUCCGUGCCCCACCCCGUCCCAGUGUCCGUGCCCAGAGCCGUCCCGGUCAGCGUACCACACCCAGUCCCAGUCACUGUCGACCGCCCAUACCCCGUUGACGUACCACGCAGCGUUCCAGUCAGCGUACCACACCCAGUCCCAUACCCAGUCAGCCGCGCCGUGCCAUACUCCGUCCCACAACCGUACCCAGUCGAAGUCCAACAGCAUGUGCCAGUCUCCGUCCCGACUCCAGUGAUCGCUGCUGCACCCGCCUACUCUGUCGGAUACUCCGCCGCUUCGUCUUACGGAUCCUUGGGAUACUCCGCCGCUUCGUCUUACGGAUCUUUGGGAUAUUCCGCUCCGUCCUUCGGAUCGUCCUACGGAUACUCGGCAGCUGCUCCUGCCUACGGAUCUUCAUACGGAUACUCCGCCGCCCCGGCUUACGGAUCCUCGUUCGGAUACUCCGCCGCUCCGUCAUUCGGAUCUUCAUACGCACACUCCGUUCCGUCAUUCGGAUCUUCAUACGCACACUCCGCUCCGUCAUUCGGAUCUUCGUACGGAUCUUCAUACGGAUCUUCUUACGGACACGGUCACUCAUUCGACGAGUACAAGAAAUAAUUUCGAUAAUUUUUUAUCGCAAUCGUCACGUCACGUCCGAAAAUGUUCAAUUAAAAUCUUUCAAUCCAAUACAAACGACAUCGCGUGUAACAGCGUCUAAUCCGAAACCCAAACGUAGUACGACAUCAAUCACCGCACACGUCGUACCGCCGCCGCUCAUCAAAUCAGAUUAUUACGAUACGAAAUGACGUACGUUGUACAUUAUACCAUAUAUUUAUAUAUUUAAAUAUACAUACGUAUGUAUAUGCGAA